UCUACCCAAGCCCUCAUAAUUUCCAUUUCCAACCACAGCCUCUUAUCACUGCCCUUCUUAUCAGCCUUCUAGUGGUAGGACCCCUAGAUCUUCCUAUUUUAUACCAUCUGUGCAGCCCAUAUUCUUUCCUCCAUUCCAGCAUUUAACCAUUCUUCCUUCCCAUUUCCCUAGUCUUGAUGGCUCUCCUCCUCCUCCUCCCAUCACUUCUCCUCCUCCUGCUCCAUGGGAGCAAUGCUCAGCCCUCCCCUGGAUACUACCCAAGCCACAGGUUUAAGCCUCUGAGGUUUUAUCAUGGGUUCAGCAACCUUUGGGGUCCUGAGCAUCAGUACGUCUCCAGAGACCAGUCCUCAGCCACAAUCUGGCUUGAUAGGAACUCAGGAAGUGGAUUUAAGUCAAAUCGCCCAUUUCGGAACGGAUAUUUUAGCACUUCAAUCAAGCUCCAGCGUGGCUACACUGCAGGAGUGAUCACUGCCUUCUACCUUUCGAACAAUGAGGCGCACCCGGGCUUCCAUGACGAGGUCGACAUCGAGUUCCUCGGGACGAUGCCCGGCGAGCCAUACACCCUGCAGACUAAUGUGUACAUCAGGGGGAGUGGAGAUGGCAGGAUCAUCGGCAGGGAGAUGAAGUUUCAUCUGUGGUUCGAUCCGACCGCCGGAUUCCACAACUAUGCCAUACUUUGGAGUCCUAGAGAGAUCAUAUUCUUUGUAGAUGAUAUACCGAUACGCCGGUACCCGAGGAGGAGCGUCUACACGUUCCCUGUCCGGCCACUGUGGUUGUACGGCUCCAUCUGGGAUGCAUCCUCCUGGGCCACCGAUGACGGCAGAUACAAGGCCGACUACCGCUACCAGCCAUUCGUCGCAAGGUUCGCGCGGUUCAUCGUCCGUGGCUGCACCGCUUACGCCUCGCACCGCUGCCGCCCGGUGCGCUCCUCGCCGUCCGGCGUCGGGCUCAGCUCCCGGCAGACCAUGGCCAUGCGGUGGGCCCAGAAGCAUUACAUGAUCUACAACUACUGCUGGGAUCCCAAGAGGGACCAUUCCCUGACGCCUGAGUGUCGGAGCUGAUUCCAAGAUACCCUUAAAUCUAUUGAUACAAUUCAUCUCCCCUGCCAUAUAUGUCUUCUCCAUAUCUAAAGCGUGUCUUCUUCUUUCCUUUCCCUGCUGUCGAAUACUAGCGGUGAUCUUAUUAAAGGUUAAACAUGGCGUGCCUAAUGUAAUUCCUCUUGGUUGGCUUUAAUUCUAUCUGGAUAAGUACAUAAUAGACGGCGAGAGAAGAUGAUGUUUCAUUCA